AUGCCCAAGGUCCGCCUCACCAAGAAGCGCAGACCCAGCAACGCAAUCGAGACCGAUGGUACCGCCAUCGCAAAAGCACAGUUCCACAUCUCUCUAUCUACGAACGAAAUGACGCAGAUCCAGCUAGAUCUGACCAGUGCCGCAGACAAUAAGGCUUUCCUGAAAGCCCUGACUGAACAGAUGGACAACAUAAUCCAAUACGCGCAGCCGUUAGACAAACCCGCACUGACAGAUCUUUAUAUCGUAUUGGAGCUAGACGGUAAGAAGGACGGGGAACGCUGCUGGCGAAUGAAGAUAUCGGGCGAUGGAGAUUACAAGAAGGUUGAUCCCGCUGUGGAGGGUGCAGUGGGCCCUCUGGAGGCGCUGGAGAUGCUGGUGCGGAACCUGGAGAAGAAGCAACAGGAAUCUGUGUGA